GUUCUGCUCUGUUUUGCUCUGUUGUGCUCUGUUUUGCUCUGUUUUGCAAUGGCUUGUUUCUUGAAUUGCGUUAGAUUUGAUGUUUCCAAGACGAUCACCGACAAACCCACAAGCAAAGAAUCUGGUGUGACUUGUUAUAGCUGGGAUGAUGUGGAAACUCUUACUUCCAAUUUCUCUAGAUUGAUUGGUUCUGGUGGCUAUAGUAGUAUCUACAUGGCUCGCUUCUCUGGCUCUGACAAGGCGGCUGUGAAGGUUCAUGUUAGUAGCCACCGUCUUUAUCAGAUCUUUAGACUUGAACUUGAUAUCUUACUCCGUCUUCAACAUCCUAACAUUGUCAAGCUUCUCGGUUAUUUCGAUGAUUCAGAGGAAAAUGGUGCUCUUCUUCUUGAAUAUCUUCCUCAAGGAAAUCUACAAGAGAAGCUCCAAAGCAAUAGCAAGCAAGUCUUGCUAUGGAGGAACCGUGUAGCGAUUGCGUUACAGUUAGUUCAAGCUAUUGAACACAUUCACGAGAAAUCUAAAGUUGGAUUCUCUUCGAUGGUUCAGCCUCCUACGAUGUCGCCUAGAUCCAGACAAGUGAGGAUGGUGGGAUCACCGGGUUAUACGGACCCUCACUACCUAAAAACCGGGAUUGCUUCGAAGAAGAUGGAUAUGUAUGGGUUUGGAGUUGUGGUUCUUGAGUUGGUUUCAGGAAAAGAAGCGUUUUCCGCGGAGAGAGGCGAGAUGCUGGUGCAUACAGCUGCUCCACUUAUGAAUGAGAUUUUGGAUUCAAGUGUAGACAUAGCAGAAGACAAAGUGAGACGGUUCUUGGACCCGAGGUUGUUAAGUAACAGUCUUGAUAUCGAUGAGGUAAAGACAAUGCUGAGUGUUGCUGCGCUUUGCAUCAGUAGCAAACUAUCUCUAAGACCUUCCGCUACUCAUGUAGCGGAAACUCUAAUAAAGGAAAUCCCGUCUUUGAGUUUCCUCGGUUGUGGUAAAGGAGUGUGAGUUAUGGGCGUCCACGGUUUUCGUUGUAGCGUGGUAGGAUUGCGUGAACAACACUGUAAAGUUGGUGUGCAUUUUGGAAAACCAGCAAGAAGGAAAAACCAUGUAAAUACUCUGUUUUGUUUUGUGAAUAGCAAGAAGGAAAUAACAUUUUGUCUAAUUG